AUGGUCACACCUUGCAUUGGCGCGCUUUGCCCCCAGGCUGGCCCCAACGCUGCUGCCCACGGACCUACUUAUAAAGAGUCAGCUGUUAACGAGUCUGGCGAGCCUGUAGCUGCGCAUGGCACUGAAGAAUUGCGUGUGUGCGGGCAUAAGCGUGCAGACGCACAGGCGGAUGGGGGGCAUGAGCACGAGCAAGCGCAUCAGCUUGUGGCGAGUGCAAAGUGUACCUGUGGGCAUGAGCUUGUGCGUGGCUGUAAGGCUGCUGCAGGGACGCAGAGAUUUGAAGGAAAGGGCGCAAAAGGAGAGGGCGCAAAGCGGGAAGGCUUCUGCGGUUGUGGGUUGCAGGCGGAUGUGCUGGCGGAGCUACUGGGGGGGCAAGGGGAAGGAGGCCUGGGAAAAGUGAGCGCAGGAGAGGGAGGGGAGGCGGGUGAGAAAGGGAAACAGGGAAGCGAGAAGGAGAACGGGGAGAGUGAGAAGGGAAGGGGCAUGGGGAAUGCGGGGUGGGAUGGUGAUGGGCAGGGGGGCGCAGAGGGGAGGGGGGACGGAGAGGGGAAGGGAGGCAGCGAGGUGAAGGGGCGGGACGUGGGAAAAGGGGGCGGAGAAGGGAAGGGGGGCGCAGAGUCGAAGGGAGGUGGAGUGCACGAGAGGGUGGAUAGUCCGAGGGAGGAGGUGAAGAGGAGGGACGUGCGAUGGAAGGGCAGGGGCGUGGGGGUAGGGGGAAUGAGCGCUGGGAGCAGGGUGAGAGGCGGUGAGGGGAGUGAUGGGAGGAGUGUGGGCGUGAACUUGUAUGAAAGGGCAACGGCUGCUGUCUUUGCCAACAGGAAGCAGAUCGGUUCUGGACGCAAUGCAGUGGUGUAUGCCGCCUCGUGUGCUAUAACGGGGCGCAAGGUGGCUGUUAAAGCGUAUGUCAAGUCUGCCCUAAGCGCCCUGGACCGGCACAGGAUCAACCGGGAGGUGGCACUGCUGAUGACUAGUCACGAGCACAUAAUCCAGUGGCUGGGUCAUUUCGAAGAUGCCCAGUGCGUGCACAUAGUGCAGGAGUGGGCGUCAGGGGGAGACCUGUUUGAGGAGCUGAGGGCGAGCGGCGGGCACAUGGGGGAAGCGCGCAUAGCCAAGCACAUCCUGCUGCCGCUGCUAGCGGCUCUGCAGCACAUGCACACCAAAGGGGUGGUGCAUAGAGACCUGAAGCCGGAGAAUUUACUCUUGACCUUCCACGGCACGCUCAAGGUACGCAUGCCUCUUCCCCUCGCUGCACUUGCUGCUGCCACUGCUGGGGGCGUCAGGGGAAGACCUGUGUGUGACUUCGGCCUUGCCAUUAAUAUGAGGGAGGAGCGGCCUGCCAGCCGCCUGGGCACGCUACAGUACAAGGCACCUGAGGUGUGUGACUUUGGUCUGGCAAUCAAUAUGAAGGAGGAGCGCCCUGCCCGCCGCCUGCACACGCUGCAGUACAUGGCGCCUGAGGUGGUGCGCAUGGCACAACCGUUCCACUCCCCCCUGCUCUCCUCUCCCCCUUUCCCCCACUCUCCUUCCUGUUUACAGGUGUGCGACUUCGGCCUGGCAAUCAAUAUGAAGGAGGAGCGCCCUGCCAGCCGCCUGGGCACGCUGCAGUACAUGGCGCCUGAGGUGGUAGUGGGUGGCACUGGUGGCGCUGGUGCUGUUAGUGGUACGGAGGGUAAGACUGGCGCUUCUUCGGUGAUUGAAGGGGCAUACGAUGAGAAGGUGGACAUUUGGGCAUGCGGAGUACUGGUGUACGAGCUGGUGAUGGGGCAUCCGCCCUUUGAGGGGUCAUCAGACAUGCACACGGCAACCAACAUCAUGCACAGGGAGCUUGUUCCCGAUUCGCUGCCCCAUGCCAUGUCUCCCGCUUGCAAGGAUUUCAUUUGCAAGGUGCUUUGCAAGAACCCCUCCGACCGCCCGUCGCUGCUUCAGAUGCUCGACCACCCCUUUGUGUCGGGCCUCUGCUGGGGGCGGCCUCUUUUUAAGGAGGAACAGACCAGCCAGUGCAUCUCCUGCCUGGUGCCCAAGGGAUAG